GGGAAGUUGCAUCCAUGAAUGUACAGGAGAUUCUCUGCCAACGCAUAAGAAGGCGAAGGAAUCUGCUGCAUUCAGACUGAUGACUAAACUCAGAGAAACAGGCUUUAUUCUCUGAAUCUCUUGGCUCUAUACUCUGAGUUUUUUAUUCACACAAAAUUGUCUACGCCCCGCCCCCCUUCAUACCAAGUAAAGUUUGAACGAUCGGUGCAUGAAGCUGUGAAGGUCAGUUUUGAGGACAAGCCAGGCCGGGGCUCAGGUGAGUCAUUGUUAGCAAAAUGGUAGAGUCAUUGUUAGCAAAAUGGUGGAAUUUCAUCAAGGCGACUCGUUGUUAGCAAAAUGGCCUUCGGACAUCCAGGUGAGUCAUUGGUAGCAAAAUGGUAGAAUUUCAUCCUUAGGAGGGAAGUUAACCACCCUUCGGACAUCCAGGCGAGUCAUUGUUAGCAAAAUGGUAGAAUUUCAUCCAGCUGAGCAAGGUGAAGUCCAAACUUGUGUGAGGUAAUAUAUAUAAGGAUCAUCACCACGAUGUUUGGCACAUCUUUGCACGACUUAUCUUGCGGGCAAAUGACCACAGUCAUCUGUAGGAGCACUACCAAUGCAUACUUUCGCUUGUCCAUCAUGGUUACGAAAUUGCCUGUCGAAUGUGUGCGCCUGGCAGGCCCUCAGUUUUUCACGCUUUGCCAGUUAUCAGAGCUUUUAUUCUUCUUGCUCCUAGCUGAGUAGAGAAGUUCCCAAGUUUUCAUUUGCUGAAGUGGUAGGAUAAAUUCAUUGUAGGCCACCUUCGACAAGAACAUUGAAUCUCUCUCUCUCUCUCUCUCUCUCUCUCUCUCUCUCUCUCUCUCUCUCUCUCUCUCUCUCUCUCUCUCUCUCUCUCUCNUCUCUCUCUCUCUCUCUCUCUCUCUCUCUCUCACACACACACACACACACACACACACACACACACACACACACACACACACACACACAUGCACAGAACGUAGUCUGCUCGGUAACCCGGUCUGAAAGUGUACAUAUGUCAGGAUUAACUACAAAAGAUGGCUUCUCCUGCUGCUGACAAGUGUGUAAGGGUUUUCAGAUAUGGGAUCUAUUUUGAGACUCCUGGUAUCAAGAUUGAAUGUUGUGGGCAUCUCUGUGUCCACAUCCACAAAAGCUCUCUCCCUCCCCAUUCUGAAGAUCCUUCUGGAGUCAGCUGUCCAGUCUUCUCUCCUUUUUAUUGUGUCUCUGACUCGUUCUGUUGUAUGCCAAUGCAGUUGCAAAUACUUUUUUUUUCACAGCAUGCACAUUGCUGCUGACUUCCGGAAACGGGAUCUAUUUUGAGACUCUGGUCUCAAGAUUGAAUGAUGUGGGCCUCUCUUUGUCCAGAUGCGUAAAGCCUCUCUCCCUAUUUUGGACAUCCUUUGUGAGGAGAUACUGGAAUCGGCUUUUCGGUCUUCUCUCCUUUCAUUCCUCAUGACUUGUUCUGCUGUACUCCAAUGCAGUUGCAGUACUUUCUUUUUCGCUGCUCUGGGACACUCCUCCCUCCAUAGCCAAUCAAUCCCCCCCCCUCUCGGUAUUCGCUUGGCAUAUUACACUGCAUGUAAUGUGGCUGCAGGUUUACCUUUCCUUCCUUCCUUCGUUAACUGAACCGCGGUACCGUGUUCUGAUGGAAACACCAUGUCUGGACAAGGAUGGGUUAGCAAGAAAGGAGGGUGUCAAUUGCUCAGCCGCGCACUCGGUGGAGGGUGUCGGUUGCCGGUUUGGAUCGUUCAGCCGCGCCCUCCUGGUAAUGACAAUGAUCGGAGGGCGUCGGAUGCUCAGUCUCGCAGGCCUGGAUAAUGACAGGUUAGCAAGAAACAAAGCAUUGAGGACAGUGAGUGGAUGGAUGGUGUUAAUUGCUGGAGUCUUGCACUCCUGCCUGGUUCAUCACUCAUGAAAAACUCCAUUGAUGUGGGGGACCCUGGGGGUGCACCAAGUUCAGACAAUUGGUUGAAGGACAAUGGUUGCUGUCCCAGUUGCUUGCUUUCCUCAAUCAUGGGUUGUAGGUCUAGGGGGCUGAAGCUGUCAUGUGAGGAAGGCAGGCUGGAAUGGAGUUCUCUCUUCAUACUUGGGUGUAACUUUAGGGGUCUGGGAUAGAGUUCCCUUUGGCCUGGACCCUGUUUGCUUCCUCGUUGUUGUCCUCAUUCUUGGGUGGUACCUCUGGGGCUUGGGAUGCAGUUGCCUGGGGCCUGGAACCAGUUUGCUUCAUCGACUUUAUUAUAGAAAACAGUUUUGAGAGAGAGAGAGAGAGUUACAUUGGUGGAGGACAUCAGAACUACAGUCUGCUCUCUUUAUUUCUGCUCUGCGUACCUACGUUAGUUAUGCAGCACCCCGCAUUCUCCUGCGUGCGUCAUUAGAAAAUGUUCUGGAUUGUCUUCUCACAGCUUCCUUCGCAACAGUCUUCAACGAUAGUUUUUGCACGCAAUAUUUGGGACACUGAUUUUGCAGACAUUUUUCCAUGGUGGCUAACGCCUGGAGCAUUC